ACUUCCUGCAUCUACACGAUCAAUCAAACCAUCUUCACGGAUCUUCACUAGAGUCGGGUCCGUAACCAGAAGAUCGUUAUCUCGAUCUUUACUGCGUCAAGUUGAAGGUUUCGUGAGUCGGAGCUUCCGAUGAACUCUGGUGCUUCAGCUCAUCCAUUCGGAUAUGCUCUCCUUGAAACUUGAACUAGGAAUGCCACUCAUCCGGACAUGUUCCGUAUUCAAACGUCGGGAGGACAGUUUUCCAAGGGAUUGAGAAGGCGCGUACUAACAUAUAAGCGAUCGCUCAUUUCGAUGGACUUUUAACCAUCCAAAAUGUUUUCUUCGCAAACUACUAUCCUCCCAGUUAUCUGCUCGUUGGUAUAUCUCCACCGCUCUUUGACUCUAUUCCGUCACGAAACUCACAUACCUCAGAUAUCCCAUUAUCGCUUCAAGAAUGCCGAGCCGAGUGUAUCUCGCGUCAUUCUCGGAGCUGUAUUCGUCGGCUUUUUCACCGCCGUCCCAUAUUAUUUCAGUUCUGGAGACUCUGCCGAUCUCUACAAUGCUAUUAUUAAGCUUGUAGCGUCUAUCUUGGCAUAUUGCCUAUCUCUCUCUCUUUCAAUCAUCGCGUAUCGUCACUCGUACAUUCAUCCUCUAGCCACAUUUCCGGGCCCCAAAGCUGCCGUAACAACGAAAUGGUGGAUGGUUCAUCGGAUUUUGAUGAAAGGCGGACGCCACACCAAAAUUCAAGAGCUACACGCAGAGUACGGACCUUGGGUUCGUGUCGGUCCCAAUGAAUUAUCAAUCAAUAUACCAGCGGCGGUACGGCCAAUAUACAGCCAGCUGGGCAGAGCGCCUUUCUACCAAGGUGUUCCUGCGCCUGCCGAUAGCCUUAUCAAUGUUAUUAAUCGUAAGGUUCAUGCACGCCGUCGUCAGGCGUGGAAUAAAGCAGUGACAAGCGACGCUAUGCGGUCUUACAUUCCAAUACUUGAGACUCGUACCUCUCAGCUGUUGUCCAUUUUUCAGCACAUUUCUAACCAAAAAGAAAUUAUCAAUCUAGACCACUGGAUAAACCUGUUUUUCAUCGAUGUUAUGGGCGACAUGGGAUUUUCUGGGGGAUUCGAAACGAUGGCAGCAGGGAAGGACGGAGACGAAUGGAUUAAGACUUUGAAUAUAGGAGUCAUAUUUGCCAGCUCAAUGGGACAGGUUCCGUGGUUACGCAAUCUGUUUAAGUAUCUUCCUCGUAAUGGACCUAUAGAGUCUUUCCAGAAGUUUACCCGAGCCAAAGUUGACGAAAUAAAGAAUUCCAAAGUACAGAGGCAGAAUAUUCUCGGGAUCAUUAUGAACGAGAGCUCCGUGUCUCUUACUGCAGAUGAAGCAGCCGCGGACGCUUCUCUGCUUGUUGUUGCUGCAACUGAUACUGGCGUUCAAGUCGUCACCACCUUAUUCCGAUACCUCAGCGUCGAUCCUGGACGGACCUGCCGACUGCAAAGAGAGAUCAGCUCUGUGUUUGUCGGUGAUGAUGGCGCUUACGACUACCAAGCAUUGUUCGCACUUCCGUACCUUGAUGCCUGUAUUCAGGAGUCGUUGCGUAUCAUUCCACCCGGUCCCUUCGGUCCUGCUAGGACAACCGGUCCAGAGGGAGCAUACAUACUGGGUAAACGGAUCGCUCCUAAUACGACUGUUCAUGUCCCAGUUUUCACCAUGCAUCGCGACCCCGCACACUUCGGCCCUCUCGCUAACUACUUUAUUCCCGAAAGAUGGAUCGAAUCUGAGAAUCAAAAGAACCCUCUUCUGUCUCCGUGCAAUCAUGACGCAUUCAUGCCAUUCAGUUCCGGGUACGGUUCCUGCGUUGGAAAGCAUCUUGCACUACAAAACAUCAAGAUCUUGGUCUCUUCGAUCAUCCACAAAUUCGAUAUAGAACUCAAGUCAGGGUUUGAUCCAAUCCAGUUUGAUAAAUCGUACAAGGAAUACGGUCUGUGGACCCAUGAUGCACUAGAAUUAAUGUUUAAAGUUCGGAAAUGACGUCUGAGUAGAUCUUAUGUCUAGGCAUGCGUGUUUGUCGUAGAUAUAUUUAAUUUUAUCCAUAGAAGAACGACUCCAAAGGUGUGAUCACUUUCCUUGCCUUCACUGCUAUUUCUGGCGAGCAAAAUCUUGUCAGUGUUUUCUUGAGUAACUCGUGGCUGGGUCCAAAAAUCAUAGGACAUUUUAUUGCGCCGUUUUAAUUACUUUGAACGAAAGGCCUGUCGUGAGGUCACAUAACAGUAGUAAGCCAAAGUCGCUGGUCACUGUUCUCUGACUCGAGGUUCUCA